CUCUUCUACGAACGUCAAAAUGUGAAUGUCUAAAGGUGAUCAAAAUAAACCUAAAGAAACUCUACAAUGUGCAAUUUCCUGCAAACGAAACCGUACAAAUAGAUUAAUUCGAACCGCUCGUUAAUUUAAAGUCUCAGUCGAUUAUAAAUUUAUAAUGUAAAAUGCUAUCGAAGUGCUACAGUUUCGCUGCGAGGAGGUCUGGUUCUUGCAGAUUUUAUAGUGAUAAUGUUAAUAUUAACGCGCUACAACAGGAUCUUCCGAAGGAUACUCGCGUCGUGAUAUGCGGAGGAGGCGUCAUGGGGGCCUCCGUGGCCUACCACUUGGGUAAACUCGGUUGGGGCAAAGAUACCAUUUUAGUCGAACAAAGCAGAGUCGGCGGUGGUACCACUUGGCACUCCUCGGGAUUAAUCGGAGUAUUCAAACCCAGUCUAGCACAAGUCGAACUAACCAAAUCUAGCGUUGCCUUAUACCAAGAAUUAGACAAAAAAGGCCUACCGACAGGCUGGAAGCAAUGCGGGAGUUUGAAUGUGGCGAGAACGAGAGAUCGAAUGACGACAUUUCGAAGGAUGAAAGCUCAGGCUAUUUCUUGGCAAAUCGAUUGUGCAAUUCUAACGCCCGAUCAAUGCAAAGAAAAGUGGCCUUUGUUGAACACUUCGGAUCUGUUAGGGGGUCUUUGGAUACCCGGAGAUGGAGUCGGGGACCCUUACGAGACCUGCUUGUCCAUCAUAUCCGAAGCCAAAAGAAUGGGUGUACAAGUGUACGAGAAUUGUACUUUAAAGAAGGUAAAUCAAACUAAUCUAAAAGUAACCGGUGUAGAAACCACUAUGGGAAACGUAAACUGUGAAUAUUUCGUAAAUUGCGCCGGGUUUUGGGCGAGAGGCGUCGGUCAAUUGUCCGAACCUUACGUUAAAGUUCCACUUCACGCUGUAGAACAUCAUUAUUUACAUACCAUGCCAAUACCAGCUUUAGAUCCAAUGUUACCAGUGCUAAGAGAUCAAGACGCUUAUAUUUACAUAAGAGAAAACAAAGGUAGAUUGUUAGCCGGAGGUUUCGAGCCACAAGCGAAGCCGGCUUUCGAAGAUGGAACUAUACCAGCUAACAGUAAAGAACGCCAGUUGCCGGAAGACUGGGAUCACUUUCACGUUUUGCUAGAGCAGCUGCUUCAUAGAGUGCCGAGCUUAGGUAACGUAGUGCUCGAUAGGCUUUGCAACGGACCCGAAGCUUUCAGUCCCGAUUGCAAGUGGAUCAUAGGCGAGGCUCCGGAAAUUAGAAAUUACUUGGUGGCUGCCGGUAUGAAAACCAUCGGAAUCGCCGCCGCCGGCGGGGUGGGCAAAACCACCGCCGAAAUCAUCGUAAACGGCGACACCGCGUCCGAUAUGUACGAAUUAGAAGUGUCCAGGUUCUUGGGGUUGCACAACAAUCGGAAAUUUUUGCGAGACAGGGUUAAAGAAGUGCCCGGUUUACAUUACGGAUUGAUUUAUCCUUUCAACGAGUUCCGAACUGGGAGGAACCUUCGGAUGUCUCCGGUGUACCCGAAGUUGCGCGAGGCAGGGGCCGUGUUUGGUCAAGUAAUGGGCUACGAGAGGCCCACGUGGUUCGAUCCGGGUCACGAGAGCGAAGAACGCGACGCUCAAGAUUGGUCGACGCCCUACAGGAUGGCUUACACCAACACCUUCGGGAAACCGCCGUGGUUCGAUUUCGUCGAGAGAGAGUACCGAGCUUGCAGGGAGAGCGUGGGGUUGAGCGAUUAUUCAUCUUUCACGAAAAUAGAUUUGUGGUCUAAAGGUAACGAAAUCGUUGAUGCUCUGCAAUUCGUCUGCUCGAACGACGUCGAUGUGCCAGUUAGUAGUAUAAUUCAUACCGGCAUGCAGAAUCGACGUGGAGGAUACGAAAACGAUUGCUCUUUGGCUAGAAUAUCAGAAAACCAUUACAUGAUGAUCGCCCCGACAAUUCAACAAACCAGAUGCAAAGUGUGGCUUCAAAAGCACCUACCUCCGACUGUUACAAUGUCCGAUGUUACUAGUAUGUUUACAGCCCUUUGCAUCGUGGGGCCCUUCAGCAGGCGGCUUUUAUCGGAACUCACCGAUACGGAUUUGAAUCCUAGAAAUUUCCCUUUCUUCACUUUCAAAAUGUUAGACAUUGGAUUAGCCAAUGGCAUUCGAACGAUGAAUCUCACCCACACAGGCGAACUGGGAUACGUCAUGUACAUACCGAAUGAAUUCGCUUUACAUGUAUAUUCGAGUCUAGUCCAAGCGGGCGAAAAGUACGGAAUUAGACACGUGGGUCAUUACGCGACGAGGGCGCUUAGAAUUGAGAAAUUUUACGCCUUUUGGGGGCAAGACUUGGGCACGACGACGACCCCGUUGGAGUGCGGGAGAGUUUGGAGAGUGAAAUUCGACAAAAAAGUCGAUUUCAUCGGGAGAGAUGCGCUGUUGAAGCAACGAGAAGAAGGCGUGAAAAGGGUGUACCUGCAAUUGAUUUUGGAGGAUCACGAUGUGGAAACGGAUUUGUGGCCGUGGGGAGGCGAACCGAUUUACAGGAAUGGAAUAUAUGUCGGGAUGACCACUACAACAGGUUACGGAUUUACAUUCAAAAAACAAGUGUGCCUCGGAUUUGUUGAAAACUACGACGAAAAAGGCAAUAAACAACGAGUAACUACCGAUUACAUCAAUAGCGGAGACUUUGAAAUCGACAUUGCUGGAAUCAAAUAUCCUGCGAAAGCGAAUAUCCAUUCUCCGAUUCUUCCAACUAAGCACCCGGAUAAAGAACGUGACGCUUAUCAAGCGACUAGGGUGAAACCUAACGAAGAAGGUGUUCCACAAAUUAUUAAGGCUGUGUAAUUGACUAAAUUUUCUUUUCGAUUUAACUUAUUGUAUAUACUUUAAAGAAAUAUUG